GAGGUCUCUACUUUACAGCGGUUGUUUGGAUGGCUCGAUGAAAUGUUUUAGUGAUACUGGGAACUGUCGAUGGAGGCGAGAAGCUCGAAGAACACGCAAUAGGUACCGGAUUCGCAACUUGCACGACGGGACAGGAGAAAUGGGACCAUUUUUUCCCAUAAGUAUAGUGUUGUAGUUCACGUGCGUGAUUGUGCCUUUGCUGGUUAUUGAGUUCGAUAAGGGCUGACAAUUGUAAGCCCAUGGAAAUGGCAUCCCCAAGCUUAGCUCAAAAAAUCAUGAACAUGCCUUUGCCGGAGAAGCUGUUAUCGGUAAAGGAAGAGAUAAAGAGUUAUCAGUUCUGGAAGGCAGUUCGCUGUGAGUUCCUCGUUACUUUGUUGUUUGUAUUCAUAGGCUGUGGAUCUACAACGGUUUGGGAUGAAAAAUUACCAGCAGAUGAUAUAAAGAUUUCCCUUGCCUUUGGCCUGGCGUCUGCCACGAUGGUGCAAUGUGUGGGUCACAUCAGCGGUGCCCACAUCAACCCAGCGGUCACCGUGGCCAUGCUUGUCACCAGGAACAUCAGUGUGUUAAGAUCUGUCCUCUAUAUCGUCGCUCAGUGUUUAGGGGCUAUAGCUGGCACCGGGAUUUUAUACGGCGUCACUCCGGCAGCUGUGCAUGGAAGGCUUGGUGCCACUGUCUUGCAUCGGGACAUGGGCCGAGGUCAAGCCUUUGGAGUAGAAUUUAUGAUCACCUUUGUUGUCGUGUUUACGUAUUUCGCAAACUUGGAACCCAAAAGAGCAGACAUGGGUUCUCGCUCCCUCUCUGUGGGUCUGUCGGUAACUCUGGGGCAUCUAUUUGCGUUAAACUACACUGGCGCAAGCAUGAACCCGGCCAGAUCACUGGGACCAGCCCUUAUUAUGCAUCUCUGGGAAGAUCAUUGGGUAUUUUGGAUCGGCCCUAUUCUCGGCGGCAUUAUAGGAGGAUUCACGUAUGAGUACACCCAGGAUUCCUCCAAUAGUAUCCAGUAUUUUCGGCGCUCCUUCCGGCGGAAACCAGCAGUGAUAAAGCGAUCGCGAAGCAACAUCAGUGACAAUUCCCUGUCGACUGAGUUAACUUUUACGACCCCUUCAGAGGAUCUCCGUGUUUGAUGGAAACAGUGGGUUGUGUCUUUAACUUGAUUGUGCAUACUAAUUAUACGGCCUCCGGCAGACAAUCUUUCAGACGGAUAGCAAGAGCUUAAUCCCACGUAACCUUGGUUAUUGUGGGCUAAUGGUUUUGGGAAAUUUCCGCCCGUGCGAUCGAUGUAGGUGGAAGAAAACCGUAUAACUUGUCCGCUGUCCGCAGACAGACGGGUGUCAGAAGAAUCAGAAGGAAACAUUGCCUGGGCUUAAGACCUACUCAUUUACCAAUGUCGGUGGCACCUCAAUUUACGUCGAGGCCAGUGUGCAAUUAUCGGUCAUUGUUUCAUAUCACACGCAAAUAAGACACGGCUAAAGUCGAGCUGCGAAGAGACUGCACGAAAGGGGAUCCAUCUGAGAACUGUCCCGUUUGAGCCUGGGCUUGGAACCAAAUAACCGUCCUUCAAAUGGCAAUUGGGUUUAUUUGAUCUUCGGGAGACGUGGGGAGAUGUUUUUUUAAUUUGUAAGAUAGUAAAAUUGCUCACAGCAUGUGUAUGCUAUCAACUAUACUAACCCGUGAUGUUUUCGCUUUGGGGUAUUAAGGAUACCUUGUAAGCAAACUACUUUCACUGUUCGUGCUUUACGACAACCGUCAAGCUCUGUGCAAUGGAGGUCUUUGCUUUAUUCAUGUUGAAUUUCCCUUUUCGGACGCCGUGUCAUCGUUUAUAAAUAGCCGUUAGCCAAUGUUAAUUUCCAUAACGUUUUAACACAUUCCUGAAAUAGACCUUCCGUUAAUUAUAUAGCUUAACACGUUUACGUCGCCAGUGUUAAUGAAUCCUCAGAGCGCAGACAACAAUCAUCUCUGAUCGAUGUAGCCACUGCUUCUGAGUCUAAUUGUCAGUGUCGCGGACUU